GAAAAUGUUAUUUGAUUAGAUAUCUAAAAAUUAAAAAGAGAAAGAAUGUCGCCAAUCGAGAUAGCCUAACAAUUCUUUGAAUCUGUAUGCCAAUCCUGGUCCUUGUUUCCCUCGAUAGUGAUGCUGUGGAAGUGGAACUCAUCAACAACAGGCGGGAAUCCCUUUUUUGAAUCUAUCUCCCACCGUUUCCACAACCCUAAUUCCUGAUUUCCGCCCACUGUUUUCUCUUCUUCUUAUUCUUUAUUAGUCUUAUCUAUCUACGCACAAUAACAAUAUUAAUAUCCUUUCCCUUUCUCCCCCCAAAACUAAAUUACUCAUCAUGGUUACGAACAACGCUAAUCUUAUCAUUGCCAAAGAUCAAGACGAUGAUGCCAAAGAUACUGAUGGUUCGGAUAAUCUUAAUCACCAAAAAGCAGAAGAAAUUGAAACUCACACAAACGGAGACGUAGCAAUCAAAGAUGAACACUGUGAUGAACCUGAACCACAGGCGCAGAAGAAGAAGAGAGGUCGUAAAAAGAAGAAUCCAGUAGUAAAAGAAGAAGAAAUUGAAACUCACACCAACGGAGACGUAGCAAUCAAAGAUGAACAAUGUGAUGAACCUGAAUCACUGGUGAAGAAGAAGAAGAGAGGUCGUAAAAAGAAGAAUCUAGCAGUAAGAGAAGAAGAAAUUGAAACUCACACAAAUGGAGACCUAGCAAUCAAAGAUGAACAACCUGAACCACAGGUGAAGAAGAAGAGAGGUCGUAAAAAGAAGAAUCUAGUAGUAAAAGAAGAAGAAAUUGAAACUCACACAAAUGGAGGCCUAGAAAUCAAAGAUGAACAAUGUGAUGAACCUGAACCACAGGUGAAGAAGAAGCGAGGUCGUAAAAAGAAGAAUCUAGUAGUAAAAGAAGAAGAAGAGACUGGAAAAAGUAAGAAUGUAGUAGUAAAAGAAGAAGAGACUCGAAGGUCCGCAAGAAGUAAUGUGAAGCGUAUUAACUACAGUGAUUUAUACAAUGAAAUUGACUUUGAUUCUGAUUCUGAUGGUCAACGGAAGAGGAAGAAGAAACGUGUUCAGGAGACCACAGCAGACAAGAAGAAACAAGAAAACCCUUCCAGAGAAGAGGAGAACAAUGGUUCAAAGCAGAAACAUUUUGCUAGGCGUAUUGUUGUGGAUGAAAAUGGGAAUGAAGUUAAGGUGGAGUCCGAUAUGUGCCACCAGUGUCAAAGGAACGACAAGGGACGCGUUGUUCGCUGUCAGAGAUGUCGGACUAAGCGAUACUGUGUGCCUUGCAUGACUACAUGGUACCCUAACAUGACAGAGGAAAUGUUUGCUGACCAAUGCCCUGUUUGCCUUGACAAUUGCAACUGUAAAUCUUGCUUGCGCGAUGUGCACCCUAAAGUAAAAGAGAAGAUUAAUUUUACACCUACUGCUGAUCAGAAAAUUCAAUAUUCUAUAUAUACCCUUCACGUUCUUCUUCCAUUUCUCAAGCGUCUCAACGAGGACUACAUAAAGGAGAAAACCAUAGAGUCUGAGAUUCAAGGAUCUACUUUAUCUGAUGUAAAGUUGAAGAAGGCAGUCUGUGACUUGGACGAGCGCAUGUACUGUGACUGCUGUAGAACGUCGAUUUUUGACUUGCAUAGAACCUGCCCUGAAUGCCAUUACGACCUCUGUCUUCAGUGUUGUGUGGAAUUGCGUGAUGGCAACCCGCAGAUAAACAAACAAGGGGAUGAUUGUAUUGUUCAGAAGAAGAAAGCAGUACCAGAAGAAGUUAUAAAUCAUGAUUGGAAGUCUCUAGAAGACGGCAGAAUUCCCUGUCCACCAGAAAGUAUGGGUGGUUGUGGGCGUGGAAUCUUACGGUUGGUGCAUUUAAAGCCACUCAAAUGGGUUCCAAAUUUGUUGGAGAAUACGUUAAAGCUCUUAAAGCAUCACAAAUUAGAGGAGGAUAUGAGAGAGAUUCCUGUGGAAUGGUGCACUUGUUCAGAUUUUAUAAAAAAUAAAAGUGACACUGAAUAUAAUCAGUUACGUAAAGCUGCUUCUCGUGAAAAUUCCAAUGAUAAUUACUUGUAUUGUCCACGUGCUGUGGACAUUCUACCUGGAGAUUUAAAGCAUUUUCAGUGGCAUUGGUCAAAAGGCCAGCCUGUCAUAGUCAGUAAUGCUCUAGAAACUACUCUCGGGUUGAGCUGGGAGCCCAUGGUUAUGUGGCGUGCUUUUCGACAACUUAAAAGUAUUAAACAUGACCGACUCAUGGACGUUGUUGCUCUUAACUGCUUAAAUUGGUGUGAGGUUGAUGUUAACGUUCAUCAGUUUUUUACGUGGUAUACGGAAGGUCGAUAUGAUGACAAGGGGUGUCCUCAGAUCCUUAAGCUAAAAGACUGGCCUCCAUCAAGUUUGUUUGAAGAGCGUUUGCCACGGCAUGGUGUUGAAUUUAUCACUAGCUUACCCUUUAAAGAAUAUACACAUCCUCGUGAUGGAUACCUUAAUCUCGCUGUCAAGUUGCCCAAAAAUUCUUUAAAGCCAGACAUGGGUCCUAAAACAUAUAUUGCUUAUGGUCUUCCUCAAGAACUGGGGCGUGGGGACUCUGUAACCAAACUUCACUGUGACAUGUCCGAUGCGGUGAAUGUGUUGACUCAUACUGCAACUGUGAAGCACAGUUCUGAACAGCUUAGAAAGAUAAAAAGAUUGAUACGGAAGUACAAGGGUCAGGAUCAGAAGGAACUUUUUGAACAUAACGUUGAGGACCCGAAAGAUAACGCUGAAGUUGAAGGAAGGUCAGGUGAUAUGGAUGUGGAUGAAAGAAAGAAACCAAAAAGUUGGAAUCAAACAGAUCCAACCACUAGUAACCAACUGAAUGAAAAUACAAUGGAGAAUGAAGAUGGAGUAAAUGAUGGGAAGAGAAGAAGACGUCGCAACAGACAAAAUGGAAAUGCAGAAAAUAAAAAAGGAAAAGUUGACGUCCCACAUAGUAGCGAAGAAGUUAGCAGUGAUGAGGAUGAUGACACCGACACGUGUGUGGAUGGAUUGGAUUUGGGAGAGGGAGGUGCACUGUGGGACAUCUUUAGGAGGGAAGAUACUCCUAAGUUAGAGGAAUAUCUCAAAAAACACUUCAGAGAGUUCCGGCAUAUCCUCUGUCAUCCAGUGCAGCAGGUUAUACAUCCGAUUCAUGACCAAUCAUUUUACUUAACAGUAGAGCAUAAAAGGAGGCUCAAAGAAGAGUUUGGAAUUGAACCGUGGACUUUUGUCCAAAAGCUUGGAGAUGCUGUCUUUAUACCUGCUGGCUGUGCUCACCAAGUUAGAAAUCUCAAGUCAUGUAUAAAAGUUGCGUUGGACUUUGUCUCUCCUGAGAAUGUUGGUGAAUGUAUCCAGUUAACAGAGGAUUUCCGUGUUCUACCUCAAUAUCACAGGGCAAAAGAAGAUAAGUUGGAGGUGAAGAAAAUGGCCCUUCAUGCAGUUGCGGCAGCUAUAAGGGACUUGGGAAAACCAAAUGAAACCAUAGAUGACAUCAAAUCCGAAGAGACAACUUCAACUGAAGAGCAGCCUGAGAAGACUAAAUAGGAGGAUGAAAUUCACAAGUGAGUGGCCCAAUUUUGUAGUGUAUCAUUUGGAUGUAUUUGGGAUUUCACAAUUGGUCAAUGGUCAAGGUCAACUCUUUAAUAUUGUAUGUAUCACUAAUUUGUCAACGGUUUGUUUAUAGCUCAUUUUUGAGCUUGAGAUAUGGAUGUUGCAAGUUUUGUCUGAA